ACAUGUUUGUAAACUUAAAAGUUGUUGACAUAGUUGUUUCAUUGUUAUUUCAGAUUCUUUGUUUUUCUGCUUUUGUUGAUAGAGCUAGGGAUUAAUCUUUGUAAUCUUUUGAUUGUAUAUAGCUUAUUAAGAACAUACUACUUUAAAAACGUUGUAUUAUAUGUACAGAAAUGAUAACGACGCAAUGGAUCACGAGGAAAACGUUACAACGUUAUUGAGCAUGGGCUUUGAAAAUGUAGAGCAUAUCAGAAAGGCCUUACGUCUAGGAAAAAAUGAUAUUAAUGAGGCAAUUUCUAUACUUACUAAUGAACAUUCUGAGUAUCAUUUAGGAAGUGAUGAUGAUGGGAUGAAAGAUCUCUCUACUAGUCAUGUCAGUAAUGUUGCCCCUCCUCCUUACGAAUCACUUUGUGAAUCGCAAACUACUCAGACAAAUCUUAUGAAAGGAGAUGAGUGUAUGGAAACAACAGAAUUUCCCACAGCAAAUCUUUAUGAGCUUGAAUCUAGAAUUUUUACAGAUCAUUGGUCAAUACCAUACAAGAAGGAAGAGUCUUUGGGGAAGUGUUUAAUUAGUGCUGCACAGUUGGCUGAAGAAGGUCUUUGUGAAGCUCAUGAUAGCUGCAGAAGAUUUGUUGAACGCUGCUUACCUGAAGCUUUUAAAAAACUACUGACAUCUGGAGCAGUUCGGUCUUGGGGUUUAGAUGUCCAAGAAGGAGUUCGCUGUAUGUUACAUUUAUUAGUAAAUUUAGUUACUGCACGGUUAAAGCAUGAUCCUGUGCCAGAGACACUGUGCCAAGUUUUAGAAAAGGCUUUUGAUCCAGAGUCUGAGUUCCACAUUAAAAAUAAACAUAAACCUUGUUCAUCUAACCAAUGGUUGGAUAUGUUUGGUCCUGGUCCAGCAUUUGCAGUCAGUCAAAGUGGACUUGAACCAUAUGGGUGGCUUAUUGACUUAAUUAAUAAAUUUGGCCAACAAGAUGGGUUUCUAGAAAUCCGGAAACGUUUCAGUAGUGAUGAUAUUACUGGAACUGGGAUGGCAGCUUUGUUGUCGCCACUUGCAAAAUGUGCAGAAUUCUUAAAUCCUAUUAAAGUGCACCCAUACUUAUCUACUUGCAUGGAUAUUGCUGUGAAAUACAUUAAAUGUCUCUCUGAUAAUGAUAUAAAAAGCAAGAAUGUAUGUUCCAUAUCUGAUUUAUUGAAAAGUAUGAAACUGUUGUGCCUUCACUUAUGGCCUCAGCAAGUGACCCUGAUGAAUUCCUUGUGCCUUGAGUUUAUUCUUCGUAUGUUAAAAUGCCCACAUUUUAAUGCUCGAAUGAAUGGCUUGAAAGAGGUAAUGAAGCUCAUUGAUGAUAGUUCAAGCAUAAGGUGUUCAAAAAUAGCCAUUGAUUCUGAAAGCCUUUUGAAUUGGCUUGCUGAAAAUGAAGUAUUGUCCAUUGCACUUGAAGGAAAUAUUGAUCAGGUGCAAUAUACAGACAAAAUUAAAGGAAUUGUAGAAUUCAUGGGCCAUCGACUUUCAAUUGAAGAACUGACUAAAAUUUGGAACAUGCAGGUUGGCCAGAAUGCUCAGCUUAUAGAUAAUAUACACUCAAUUAUGACAGCAGCUGCUUCUAAGUUCAGUAUGGAGCAGUUUGAUCAUUUAUUAAAUUUAGUGCAAGAGAGAUGGCAAGAAAGCAAUGAUCAAAUGAAGAAGAGGCUUAUAAUUUUCAUGGGCAGAAUUGGAAAAGAGACUAACCAAGGAAGAGCUUCAACUAAAGUUUUAGAUCUUUUGUGGGAUCUUGCUCAUUCUGUUGUACUUCCUAUGAACUUAGUGGAAUUAGCUUUAGAAGAACAUUUUUUAAUUUUAAGAGAAGUGUCUCAUAAAGAUCAAACAAAAAAGCUGUAUUGUGUGAAAUGUAUUGAAGAUAUUAGAAAGGGAGUUUCUGUUCUUCCAUCUUUGAAACUGCUUCAUAGUAUUUGUGAGAAUAUAGUGAAAUCUGGCGUGUAUAAGCAAGAUAAGACCACACUACCUGAGCUUAAUAAAACACAUGAUAUCAUUAAACUUAUAACUACUAGUCUAGCAAAGUGCCAUAAACAAGCUGCUGAUGCUGCAGGAAGUGGCCAGUUAAAGCCAACAACCUUAGUUGAUGGCAGAAAUACACAUGAAGAAUACCUUAUUGAACAUCUGAGCUUUCUACAAUUCAUUUUGCAAGAUGGGGCUCAAUAUUUACCUUUAAAUAGAGCUAAAGAUAUCUGGGAGACCUUAAUUUCAAAUCCUGAUGCAUGUGAAAAAGACAAAGAGGUAUGCUUUGAAUGGUUUACAAAAUGCUUGCAAGAUCUGGAAUCAGACACUCAAUCUAUGCUAUUUCAGUAUAAGCUUUUGAAAUUGGAUCCGUCACAACUUACAUAUACAGGUUUUAAUUGUUUUAAAACUUAUUUUGAAAAUGUGAAUGAUUGUGAACAUCGAUUGAAGAGAUCUGGAGCAACUUUGGUCAUAGAAAAGCUAGAAUUAAAUGGAGUUGAAUUUUUAUGGCAAGUUGCUCUUGCAUCAGAAGAUCAAAUUGCUAAUGUUGCAAUUGAUUAUUUGUUGGAAAUAUCAUAUCAUACUUUGUCACCCAAACUAAAAAAGGAUGUAUUAUCUCUUCAUAACCGAUUUAUUAAUGAAUGUUACAAAAAGCUUGAGAGUGUAUCUUCAGCAAUAAAUGGUACUGCUAUGGGUACAGCUGUUUCCAGUGCAACCAAGACACUGACUGCAGUUUCUGUAUCUGAAGUAGCUUCAUCUCCAACAUCAAAAAGGUCUACAAAAUUUCAAAAUAUCUGCCGUUUAUUGCAAAUAGCAGAGCGUUAUAUAUCAUCUAUAGAAGAAAGUCACCUUUCACCAAGAACAAUACUUCCUCACGGAACAUCCUUUUUAGGUCAUCCAUUGUUACUUAAAAUUUGUAUUGAUUCUACGAAAGAGGAAUAUGUUGUUGUGACACACAGUAAUGAGACAUUUGGCUCCUUCAAGCAAAGAAUUGCACAGUAUUUCCACCAAAGUCCAGCUCAGCUUCACUUAUAUCAAGAUGAUAAUUCUCUUCCAAGGAAUAAGGAGCAGUGCCUCAUGAAUCAGCUUAAUUUUCGUGAUGGCCAAAUUUUAAUAGUUAAGUUUCUUGGCAGUGGUAUGUCAACAUAUCUUCAGCAAAACUUAACGCAGGAAUCUAGGAAUUUUUCUAAUUACGGUUCUGUAUCCAUUUCUGAUUGUGCCUCAUCAAGUCAUCAUCACUCAUACGUGUUGGAACAGGAGAAAGUUUUACCUGGAGUUGUUAUGGCAACUGGAGGACAAGUGUUUGAGAAAUUAUAUCAGCUGUCAACAUAUGAUGAUCCAAACAUAACUUCUCAAGUUCGCAGUCUGUUACGUUUAAUCCCUACCGAUCCAUCAAUAUUAGAUGCUCUGGAUUCCAUAAGUGCUAAGAAAGUUGUUGAGAUACCAUCACCUGGAACUCCGAAAAGCAGCCCAAGGUCUAGUCCAAAAAAGUUUACCAUUAAUUCUCCAACAAAAGAACGUCCAGAGUCACCAAAAGAAAUUUUAAAAAAUCUAUUUGAUGUCUCCUAUCCAAUUUCUCCCUUUAAGCUUUUAUAUAACUUAGAGGCAUUGAGUGGAAAACUUAUGACUGUAACACAAGAUGCAAAUACUGUACAGAGUGCUCAAAUGUUUGGCUGUGAUUUUUUGUCUGCUGGUGGUUUGCAGUUAGUGUUGAAUGUCUUCCAGAAAGAUAGUAUCCCAAAUGACAUUGACUAUGACAUUACUCAAGAAUGCUAUUUAACUGCAUUAGCUAUAGCAAGGUUUCUCCUUUGUGGUGAAACUGGAUUAGAAGUGUCUUCCUUAUUUCCUCAUCAUUCAAAUUUUCAGACUAGUAGUGGAAAACUUUCUGUUAUUGAAUUUUGUACAAGUGCUGCAUUAUCUGAUGAGCUUUCAAGUGCUGUAAAGAGACUGAAUGGGACUAAAGCAAUUGAGACAUUGCCAUCCAUUGAGCUGAUGGAAAUGCUGUUAAAUUUAGUCCGAUUAGCUUGGGCUGCUGCUGCUGGAAACUUACAUCUUGUUAAUUGUUCACUGCCUUCAAGAGAGGGAAAUCACAUGGGAAGAAGGAGUAGACAGAGUAGUACAGGGAGUAAUACAAGCAGUGGAAGUGGAAGUGAAAGCGGCGAUGGUACGCUUUUACAUGGUGGUGUAUGUGCACAACAACAGCAUGUGAAAGAAAAGGAUGUACUACUUUCUCUUAAAGCACUGGAAUUUCUUGUCACAUGCAUCCAUGCAAGAACUGACAUCUUUGGUAAAUUUUCUGCAUUGCCAUGCAUAAGGGAUUUUGUGAUUGAUGUUUUAUUAUACUCUUCAAGUCGCAUUGUACGUUGCUGUGCUCUGGAGCAGUUCAGCAAGCUUAGUACCAUAGUUACUAAUUCUACACCAAAUCCACGAGAUUUCUUGCUUGAAAUACUGUUAAAAGCACGUUUGCCAUUGUGGGUUCCAUCAAGUUGUGUGCGAGGAGAUAGUCAAAGGUUUCUUAGUCAGUGCACAGAAUACUUUGAACUUGGUUGCAGACUUCUCAGUGGGCUUACAGAUUUUGAUCAGAAACGUCUACAUAUUGAUCCCAAACAAAUGAUAGAAGAUGAAGUUGCAUGGCUUCAAGGAUUUUCAACCUCUUCUAUUGCUUCAUUGCAAUCAGCAGACAGUGCACUAAUAGCUGGUCAUUUCCGUCUCAUAAAAACUCUUUUGACAUGUGAUGGGGUUGACAAAAGGGAUGCAGGCAAAAUUCUAAUUCAGGAUCUGUUAUCUAGUUUCCUUUUUCCUGCUUCAUUGAUGAUUUCAGGAGUGAACUGCCCCAGUAGUAGCAGUUCCCAAGAUUUUGCACCCAAGUGUAAUAGCUUAGAAUCCCGAGUUGCGGCUUAUGAAGUUUUAGUAGAACUUGCGACUAACUGUCCAGAGAAUAUGGAAAAGAUUGCAAAACAAAUCCUAUCCAUGCAUCAUAAUUUAAAGCCUGAACUUGCUAAAGAGUUUGAGCAUGAGCCUUUAGUAGCUGCAAGGGCACCCUGUGGAUACGUUGGUCUCAAAAAUGCAGGUGCUACAUGUUACAUGAAUUCUGUUAUUCAGCAGUUAUAUAUGCAGCCUGGAGUUAAAGAAGCUAUAUUAACUGUUGAUGAAAAUGAACCUGUAGAGGAUGGUUUGUUUUACCAAUUUCAAAUGGUGUUCGGUCAUUUGUUAGAAUCUCAGCUUCAAUAUCAUGCACCAGAAAGUUUUUGGAAGUGUUUUCGGAUGUGGGGAGAGCCAAUAAAUGUCCGAGAGCAGCAAGAUGCAUUUGAAUUUUUUACACAUUUAAUAGAUCAAGUUGAUGAGUACCUCAUUAAAGUAGGCUGGGAUCCCGUCUUUAAGCCAAAAUAUGAAGGAGUAUUUACUGAUCAAAAGAUAUGUGAAGGAUGCCCUCAUUGGUAUGAGAGAGAAGAAACAUUUAUGGCAUUGAAUUUACCUGUUAAAAGUCAAAAUCUUCUUGAUUCUUUAGAUCAGUUUGUAAAAGGAGAACUUCUUGAAGGCCAUAAUGCUUAUCUGUGUGAAAAAUGUCACGAAAAGCGGAAUGCUAUUAAAAGAACAUGCAUAAAAAACUUACCUCCCAUGCUUGCUAUCCAGUUAAAGAGAUUUGAUUUUGAUUGGGAAGCUAAUAGGUCUCUUAAAUUUGAUGAUUAUUUCAAGUUCCCAUGGCGAUUAGAUAUGCAGCCAUAUACAAUUGAUGGAAUCAAAACAAAGGAAUCAUUAAAAAAUGAUAGCGACAGUGAUGAUCAGGUAGUUCCUGCUUCAUCUAAUGUGCAAAAACUAGGCAGUAUAAUGUAUGAAUUAGUUGGGAUAAUUGUUCACAGUGGGCAAGCAAAUGCUGGACAUUAUUACAGCUAUAUUAAAGAGAGAAAAUUUGAUGGUGGUGUGAAUACUGGAAAAUGGUUUAAAUUUAAUGACAUUACUGUUGAAGAAUUUGAAAUGAAUGAUAUGACCCUUGAAGCUGAGUGCUUUGGUGGAACUUAUAAAGCAAAAGUCAGAGAUUCAAGUAAUUCAUAUCCUGAGGUUCGGCAGAGAUAUUGGAAUGCAUAUAUGCUUUUUUAUGAAAAAAUUGAAGAAGUUACAAGAACUCCAAGAACACCUAGGAAAGCUGUGAGCAAAUUUUCUUUCAGAAAAUCAGAUAAAGAUCUAACAUCUAUUAAUAGAACUCCAAGCAAGCAAUCUCCAGCUAAGCAUAGUAGUCCACAAAGGCAAAGAGAUAGUUUAAGUCAAUUAACACAGUUAGUGGACAAAGGGGAAAGACAUGGACUUUUCUUGGAUAAAAUGCCUGCAAGAAUUCAGCAAGUCGUUAGAGAUGAGAAUUUACGUUUUAUGCAUAAUCGUGAUAUAUAUAAUGAAUCAUAUUUCUAUUUCAUCCGACAGUUAUUGUUUGCAAAUAUUAAUCUUAUGCAGUCAUCAAGUUUUCCCACUUAUGCUGUAGAUAGCCUUCUGCCUUUAAGCAUGAAUUUUCUAUUCAAUACAUAUUUGCGUUAUAAGAAACGUAGCAGUGAUACCAUUGAUGAACUGUUUGACUUCAUUGAGAAAAUUGUUAAUAAUUGUCAGGAAGCAACUUUUUGGUUCAUGGAUUUUUUUAGUACAGAUAUUGGUCUUAGCUAUUUAAAACCAUUUUUAUUAGAAUGUCCUAGCCGAGAGGUACGGCAGGUUGUUGCAAGAAUGUUAGAAAGAGGAAUUAGUAAUUUCCUUUUGAAUGGUGGAGAUGUGACAUCAUGUAACCUGAAUAGAAUAAUAAUAUAUUUGCUGGAAAUGUUAAAUCAUGAUGUUCCUGAUAACUGCAAAAGUUGUAGUCAGUACUUUUGGUUGCUAAGCACCUAUGCACAACUGGGUCAUAAAGCUUGCAACCAUUUGAUACAGAACAAUGCAUUUCAAAGGCUUUUGAUUUUUCUUCUUGGCCCAUCUGCUGCAAACAUGCAGGAAAUUUUGGAAACAUUUCCUAGAAGGUGGACUCCUACACAAAUUCAAGAAUUUGGUUCUCUUCAUAUAACUAUGGCUUCUUUAAUUUUAAGUUGUGAUCUGACACCUCAUAGAACUUGUGAUAUUGAAAACUUUGCAGAGAGAACGUCCAUAUGGUCAGCUAGUGAAACACUGCUUCCUAUGCCUCAGGAAAUUUCUGAUGCAUUGUAUGGUCCAGGUGCAUGUAGAUAUAUCCAAGAGGUUGUUAGCGCCUGUCGGGAAGUGUCAGGAUCAAUAUCUGUGUUUACUGACAUGAUAGUGCAGUGCUGUUUUUGCAGUGAAACCUUUUCAGCUACAGCUAUAUGUCAAAUUAUGCUUCAGUAUGCUUCUGUGCCUUCCAAUGAUUUGAAAAACCUGUCCUUUUUAUUAUUAGAAAUACUAGCUUUGGAGGAUCCCCUUCAAUUCAAACGUGUUCAACUGGUCAUGGAUGGUGUUUAUGAUGAAUUUCUUCCUUCCUAUCAAGGCAUGCUUGCUAUUAUUCGUGCCAAUGAAGCCAAUGACAGUAGACGUUCUUAUCAAGGUGUAAAAUUUCUAGUUAGUCUUUCUCUUAAAUGCCCAUUGGUUAAAGAUUAUUUGUUACAAACACCAAACAAGUGGCAAUGGGCUGUAAAUUGGUUGAGAAAAAUGAUGUCAGAACACAGUUAUUGGACCCCUUCAAAUAUUUCUGUUUCAAAUGAAGAUUCAAACACUAAAACUUUUCAACGGACAGUUAGUGCACAGGAUACACUUGCUGAAGCAACAGCUUUGCUUGAUGGAUUAGAAUCACCAGACUCACAAGAUGUGAUGGAUGUAGAUGAUUCAGAUAAGGCUGAAGCUCUAGAAAUGAAGGAAGUAGCUUUUGUAGGAGAGGAGGAAUUAAAUGAGACAUAUAGGAGAAGAGCCAACUUGCGGGAAGAAGAUAUACGUAAAGGCAGAAAAAAGAAGGAUCUCCUUUAAUGUUUGAAUUUUAUUCCCUCCAAUAAAUCGAGGUGAUGUGUGUGCCUUUUCAAUGCCAAAGUCAAAAAAAGUUUGUACAAACCCUAUGUUGUUAUAUUUGCUGUAUUAAUGGUGCUGCUAUACAAACUAAUGAAAAAAGUGUGUUCCUUUAGAAAUUGCAGCUUUGCAUUAAUGGAGAGGGAAAAAGAAAUCAUUUCAUAAAUUGAUCUGAUAAAUGUAAUAUAAAAGUGUCAUGAUGGAGAUCAAGAGCUAUUUUGUUAAAAAAAAUCAUUAGUUUUUCAUAAUUUCUUUUUUUGCUGCCACUAUGUUGUUUUCGUUUUUUACAGAGUUAAAUUUAUUUAAAAUACUAUUCGUGUGCCACAUAUUUGUUCUCUUAUAUGUCAUUUCAAGAAUUUUCUAAAUUCUUAUUUGCAUUACAGUUUUUGUUUAAUUUGUAUGUUAUUAUUCUGUAAGCCAAUGGAAUAUGUAUUUUUUCAUACAUUACUUUUGCUUAUUGAACUUAACUGUGGCAUUAAAUUUUCUGUGUGUUUCUUUAUUUGAUUUAAACUGCUGUGAAGCUGCACUAGAGUUCAAGGCCAAAUGGAGAUUUUAUCUAUGCAAAAUGUUCAUGAUUGUUAAUUUUUACCAACAGAGUUGCUUAAUAAAAAUUUUAAAAAAAUAAAAUAAAAUUUUAAAAUGAUUUCAAAAAUCUAAAAUGUUAAAAAAGUGUAGAAGAGCAUUUAAAAAAAAAUUAAAACCUUUAGUAAAUAAAACUAGCUUUAAAGAUUAGCAUGAUUUAAUUUAUGUUUAUAAUUAAAAAUGUUUUCCAUUCUGGUUUUAGAGUAUUUUGUGACUGGUAUAGAAUUUUCCAUUUUUGUGAGCAAUAAUUAGGUUUGUUAUAUGUUAAAAAUUUAAAGUAUUUGUAAAAAAGAUGUAACUAUUAAUAUCAAAUGAAAAUGAAUUCUCUUAAUAAAUAAUAUUUUUCAGAACUGUGGAAUUUCAAACUAUUUUUAUAUGAAGGAGAUCUAACCUUUUUCAUUUUGGGGAAAUUAAUUUUAUAUUUUUUAUGUUUAUUGAAAACUGAGAGUGAAAUUACCAUAAUUAAUUAUAAGUUUUAUACAUUACAUGAAUAUGCUGAAAUUUAAUAUCUGCUGUUAUUUUAAAAAUUAUAUGAAAUUUAAAAAGAAUUAAAUUUCAGCAAAAGUUUUAUAAUUGUUCAUGGAAAAUGUCUGUUUUUUAUUAAAUAUCAGUAUAUGCCUAAACUUCUGUCAAGGCUACAACUCAGGUUUUUUAAUCUGUUUUUAUUCUGUGCAUAUUUUUAAAAUUUUAGCAAAAGUUAUCAGAUAUAUAAUUUCAUAUCCAGAAAUCUAUUUUCAAAAAUGUUAAUGCAAAUGAUAUUGGGAAUUUUUGUAUGCAAAUGAUAGAAUAAUCUAUGAAACAAAAACUAAUAUUAACUGAAUGAGAGGAAAAUUUUAUUAAAAAAAUUUAGUAAUCAUAAUUUGGGAUGUCAUAUAUAUAUUAAGAUUUAAUUUAGAAAGCCAAGAAAAUAUAAUAAAAAUGUAUUUCAAUUGUAAAUUUUUUCAAAAAUAAACUAAACUUGAGAAUUUAUGUUUGCUUAUAUGAUAUAUACUUAUAAUCCUUAUCCAUGUAUAUCUAUAAAAUCUGAGUUAAAAUUUAUUUUUGCUUAAAUAUUGCAAAAAUAUGAAAGUAAAAUAUUGCAAGUUUUCACUAGGCACUAUUUGAGCGAUAGAUUUUUUUUUUUUUUUUUAAAUAUGUUUCAAUUAAAGAACCCUCUUAAAUGCUUAUUUUUUUGCAUGUGAAAUAGAAUUUUUAUGCAUAAGCUGUAUUGCAUGCAUAAAGAAUCAUGUAGUUUUGAAGUAACUUUUAUGUUUGAAGCUAAAUAUAGAGAAUUAAUUUUUGUUUAUAAUUGCUGAUAAAGGUAAUUAAUUUAUUGCAAACAAAGACGAGAUCUCUAUUUUCUUUUUGUAAUUUGCUAUAAGGUAUUCUUUUUUUUAUCAUUUAUUUUAUUUAAUUGUCAUGGAGACUUAUUUAAUUUCUAUUCUUAAAUUGCCAGAAGGCUGAUGUAAGAAAGGUGCAAAUUUAAGUUUUUUUCUAAAAUUUAUUAUAGGAUUAUAUUUAUUCCAAAAGAUAUGUGAAUAUCUUUUGGAAAAGCAGAAUAUCAUAUUAGGCUUGAAGGUAUGAGGAAAGGGCAAUCAAUUAUUUAAUGCUGUUUUUAGGUUCUAAGAAGUAUUAAUCAGUUUUAAUUAAACAAAUUUUUUUGGAAGAAAUAGGUUUCUUCAAAAAAAGAUAAGAAUUUUUUUUUUUUUUUUUUUUUUUUUUUUUUUUUUGUGUGUGUGUGUGUGUGUGUGUGUAAUUCUUAGAUGUGAAAUAAACUAUAAAUAAUAUUGUAUGAAUUGGCAGUAGUAUAAUAGUAUAUUUUAUAAUUUUAGUUAAAUUCUACAUAGAAUGAAACAUUUUAAAGACUAGCUUAUGUAACAACUCUUCAGAUUACUGUGAAUUAAAUGUAGCUUCUCAAAUGCUCAUUGUUGAUAUUGAUAAAUAAAGGAAGCUGUGAAUUCUUAUAAAGUAAGGAUUUCCAUUGAUUUCUCUUCCGAUACCUGCAUGUAGCUUACUGCUUUACUUAUCUUCAUGCAACAGAGUUGAAAUAUUAAAUUUGAAACCAUUGAAAUUGCUUGGACAAUUGAUAAAAAUUAACACAUAAAUGUGAAAUACUCCAAGAUGAUUUAGAUGUAAAUAUGAUGUAAACAAAUAUAUAAAAUAGGCAACAAGUGAAUUAUUAAAACAGUAAUUGCAGGUCUGCUGAGCAUUCAGAUUGAUAAAAUUUAUGCUUGAUAAAAUUUAAAUGAAUAAUUUGAAUAUACAUAUGAAGGUUAAGUAUAUUAUUAGAAAAAUAUUGUAAAUUAGCUUAGCUUUUCAGUUGUACUUGUGAUGCAUUCAAAUUUUUUUUUUUCCAUAUAUUAGGAAAGGAAUGUUAGUCAUUAAAUUUCUUUACCUUCUUUUCUUUUCUUCUUUUUUUAAGCAAAAAUUUUUAAGUUUUUAAAAUUAUUUGGGGGGGGGGAGGUUAAUAGUUGUAUUGCUCAUUUGAUGUCUUGAUGUGCAGAAGGUCAAGAAAUAACUAAAGUGCACUUCACUUUAAUGUGCAUUACACAUGAGAUCAGUGUAGUGUUUGUUAGAUUUUCUAGAAAGUAAAUCUACUUUUAUAAGAACAAUUCAGAACUUUUAAGUGAUUAGAUUUUCUUAUAGAGAUUAAGUGUUUACUAAUACAUAAAUAAAAUACAUUUGCUUUAUAAACUGGCAUUGUUUAGCAGGUAAUUUUAUUAUUCAGCUUAUGUUACCAAAGCAUGAAAUAAGAUUUUGUUUAAAAUUUUGUAAAGCUAGAAAAUUAAACUUAGGUUGUAGUUUUUUUAUAUUAUAUGUAUUUUUUUAAUGGAAACAUGAUGUCUAAAUAGUGUAAAUUAGAAUUUACAUAGUUUGAACUCUUUCCUAUGAUUAUCUGGCAGUUUUGUGUGUUAGAAGAAUAUUAACAAAAUAAUUUUGCUUCCUAGUUUGUAAGCCAUCAGUUGUGAAUUAAUUAUAGUGCAAAAAAUAUGUAGAAUGAAACUUAGCCAUAUUUGUAAUGAAUUUUUUCUUUAAAGGAAGCAGCUGUCUUUUAGAUGUUAUUUUCCCAUUUCCUUUAAGCAAUUACAUUAAUCAUUCACGUUUCAAAAGGUUAAAUUUGUUUUGAAUUGUUUUUACCUGUAAUGUUUGUACAAAUUAAAAAUAAUGCAUGAUACUUCAAAGCAAUAAGUUGCUGUAAAUUUAAUUAUCUCUACUUCAAUCUCAGGUAAAAUUUGCUGAUCAAACUGUGUAAAAUACUGUUAUGUAUUUAUGUUUUAAUAUGUACAUUUUAGAAAGAAAUUUGGCCUUUGAAUUUAUGUUUUGAAUGGUGCUUCAAAGUUUUUUAAGGAAUUAUUUGAAUGUUAGUUACAUUUGUAUCUUACUUGUACAGAUAAUUACUUUAUAAGAACAAAAAUUUUGUAUAAAAUGUAUAUUUUAUAAAAUAAUGAAUUUUUAAAAAAUUGUAAUGUUUUUAAGUGGUGCUUAUAAUUCAUCUAGCAUAAAAUCUGUUAUAUAUUUUCAGUAUCAGUUUGUUGAAUAAAAUGUUAAUGCAAGAGAGAA